CAAAUAAGUAACGCACUUAUUCAAUUUUCAAAAGAUAAUGAAGACGUAUGCUUGGCCCAAUCCCAAAGUUCAGUUAACACAACUUCUUUAUUAGAAGCGAAGCAGAAUGCCUUACCUUUCUGA